UGAUCGUUAGAAAAAUGACAGACAGGUCGUGACCUAAUUUGCACACGGAGAAAAAGAAGAAAAUCAUAGUACGGUCACGUUUAUUAUGUCUUGCAAUUGUGACGAAAUAGUUGACUUCGGUAUACAGUUACUACAAGACUAUCUAAAUUUUUGAAGGAAAGACGUAAUUUGAAAGAUGCAAUAUGGAAUCAUUUUUACAACUUUUUAACCCACAAAAUGAUAAAGAUAUAAGGAAAAGGCAGUGGAAUGAUUUUGAAAAUAAUGGAAACGGAUUAUCGGAUUGCGAGACUUCUAGUACUGAUGAAGAUCAAGAGGACUGUCUGCCACCAGAGCCUGAACAAGGAAACAUAGAAUACAAAUUAAAAUUAAUAAAUCCAUCUAGUCAACGUUUUGAACAUCUUGUUACUCAGAUGAAAUGGAGGCUAAGAGAGGGACAUGGAGAAGCAAUUUAUCAAAUUGGAGUGGAGGAUAAUGGAAAAUUGGCAGGUUUAACAAAAGAGGAAAUGAAAGCAUCCCUAAAGACUUUGAAAGAUAUGGCUUCCAGACUGGGUGCUAAUAUAAGGAUAUUACGCGAGCGUGCAAUCACGAGUUCCACAAAUAAAACUUUGACAUCUCAAAAUAGGAAUAAUAAUAUUAAUAAGGAGGAAAAGAAGGUUGCUGAAGUAUUAGUAAAAAAAUUACGGAAGGACGAUAGAGAGGACCAGGAUAGUAUCGUAGAUCUGAGACUGGCUGUUAUUGGUGCGCAAGAUGCUGGAAAGUCAACUCUCUUAGGAGUACUGACGCAGGGUGAAUUGGAUAAUGGUAGAGGUAGAGCGAGGCUCAAUAUGUUGCGUCAUCUGCAUGAGAUAAAAACGGGUCGUACGUCCUCGAUAUCGCACGAGAUCAUCGGAUUCGAUAGUACGGGUCACAUCUUGAACUAUGCCGAAAUGGCUACAGCCGAAGAGAUAUGCGAACACGCUUCGAAAGUCGUUACGUUCAUCGAUUUAGCUGGACAUCGAAAAUAUUUGAGGACGACGGUACUCGGACUUACAGGAUAUUCGCCACAUCAUGUUAUGCUAGUCGUAGCGCCGCCUCUAAACGAAGCGUCGCAAGAACACAUGGUUCUCUGUUUAGCAUUAAAACUUCCAUUUUUCAUCGUCGUGAAUAAAAUCGAUUUAGGGUUCUGCGAUAUGUCUGAGACUUUAAUUCAACUUGAGAAUGCUAUGAUGACGCUGGGAUAUCCUAAGCAAUUAGUAUUGUUUAGUAAUAAUGACAUACCGUCAUGGGACUAUACGUCUGAUGUGAUACCAGUAUUUAGUGUCAGUUGUGUUACUGGUGAGGGUCUUGAGGAAUUAACGGCGUUUAUAAAAAAUUUGGCACCUUACGAGAUGAAUUCAAUCGAUUCCGAUUCGGAAUCGUGUCUAUUUCAAAUUGACGAAACGUUUAGGGUAGCAGGUUUGACACAACCAGUUUUAGGAGGAUUACUCGUUAAAGGGGCGAUUGCACCGGGAACUCGUUUAUUAGUGGGACCUUUGCCGGAUGGAGAAUUUAGCCCAGUGAGAGUAGUUAGUUUACAUCGUAAUAAAGCUCCGUGCUGUUUAGUUAGAGCGUCGCAAAGCGCCAGUUUGACGCUAGCGCCACCGACGAACCGUAGCCCUCCCUUACCACAUCUUCGCCCGGGGAUGGUUUUAGUUUCUCCGCGUGAUCGACCGCACGCGACACUGUUUUUUCAGGCAACUGUAUUAAUAUUAUAUCAUGCCACCGCGAUAUUCCCCGGUUUUCAAACGACAGUACACGUGGGUAACGUGAGGCAGACUUGUGUCAUUGAAGGGAUAAUGGAUGCGAAAGAUAGGGGACUGCAGACAAACGACACCGCUUCUGUAUUAUUUAGAUUCGUUAGCCAUCCAGAAUAUCUUCAUGUCUCAAUGCAACUCUUGUUCCGAGAGGGACGUACUAAGGGAAUUGGCACAAUUACGCAGAUCUUUCCCCUGAUUGGAUCACAGAAUUCAAUCAAAUGAAAGAAAUUACAUGGCGCGAUGUAAAAUAAUAUCCAAUUAUCAAUAAUAUACAAUUGUCUAGUGUAUAUAUAUAUAUAUAACUUAUAAAAGAAAAAAAGGAAAAAGUGCAUAAAUAUUUUAUAAAAAUAGAAUCAACUGACGUUAUUGAUAUUAGAUAAUAUUGAUAUUAGAUAACCAAUUGGUAUCAGUUAUGUGUUUUUUCAACAUAUCAAAACAGUUAAGAAAUCACUUUUUUAGAAUAUCAAUAUAAUAUCUAUUUAUAUAAUAGGCACAAAAUUUUUUUGUUAGUAUAAAAUAUUUUAAUUUUUAAUAGAUUACGUUUAUGUAAGUUCAGUUUAAAUAAUUUUUUAUUGAUUGUGCUAUUGAUUUAGUUCAAUCAGAAUUGUCUGAAAAAGAUGACUCUGUUACUGUUUUGAAUAGCUCUAACAUUUAACACAGAAAGAAUUUAGUUUUGUUUGUUACAAAUUGUCAGAAAUUUUAUUAGAAUAUAUAGAAAAAAACAGAAAAAAAUAGUUUGAAGAUAGAGACAUAAAAGUUAAAAAGUUUUUUGGUCUAUAAGUCAAUUUUUAUUAUUAUUUUGAACAAUGUAUAUAUGUUAAUACAUCAAAAAAAGAAUUUACUUUUGUGUAUUGCAAAUAUUUAGGGAUGUUAUUAAUAUAUAUUAAGAAAAGCAGGUUAUAUGUAGUAUGUUUUUAUGUAGUGUAUAGAAUUUUUUCUUUUUAUUAAAUAGACAACAUAAAAGUAUAAAAGAUUAUUUCUAAAUAUUAAGAUUAUUUCUUUAAUUGUUGUGUGCAUAUAUAUUUUUGUAUAAAAAUAUAAUGCCAUAUAUUUCUCUCUCUUAACUAUAAUGUGAUAUAUAUUAUUUUAGUUAUUUAAUUUUUAAAUAAUAUAUAUGUGCACAAAAUAACUAUUGCAAAAAGAUUGGAAUCUGUCAAAACUUUAAAAAUUUCAAGAGCACUAUUGUUUUUCACUACAUUCUUGACAUGCUUUUACUAAUGCGCAGUAUCAAACACAAUUUUGUUUAUCAAAUCUGCACAAUUCUUUAUGUAUUUCGUAAAUUAAAUUUGCAAAUAUAUAUAUUUACAAAUGUAAAAUAAAAAUAAAAACGACUGAUAAAAUAAAUCCUGCUCUGCAAUAAUAUUAAGUCAUGAAAAGAAAACUUGACUGUCAAAACUUCGAGAAUAUUUUUUUUUGUUUACUUAGAAAGCAUCAAUAUGUAUCAUUAAAUUUGAUGUGCUUGAAUGAUUAAUACACCUGUUAUUUUAUUAUUAUAUUAUGACAGCUCUUUCGUUUUAAAGAAAAGAUUAUUUGUCACUGUUAAAACAUUGAAUGACCAAUGUAAACAAUUGAAUUUGAGAAUAUAUAUUUUCCGUAACA